UCUAUUUUUAUCGAAAACAUGAAAUAUAUAACUAUCUUUUUUACUAAAUGUUAGUAUGUGUAAUGGUAUUAUACCAAAUAAAAUCACAAGCAGCAGGCCACUCACCCGGGUUUUCUCCGCUGCAUUUAGUGGCCAGAGUUCAAAAGGGGAAAGAAUUGGUCUUAAAGCUUCAACAGGAUAUAGCCUAUGUUUGUCCCGGGUUUUAGAAGUGUUUUUCAAUUUUAAAAUAUGAAAUAGCGUCAAACACCUUUAUAUCCUCGGAUUUUGAAAAACUGAAAAGCGUUCUUGUAUAACAUAAAAAUAUAAGCUCUGAUUGGGUGUUUUUGCGAAAAGCUGUUUUGAAAAUACAAGAUUAUCCUUACCAUAUUUUAAUUUUAUUUCAGAAAAUAUAAUUUUAUUGCAUUUAUAUCAUUUUGAAAAUAAAAUAAAUUAUAAAAUUAUAUUAUUUAAUAUAAAAAAGUCUAACAACAUCCAUUUUGACUACAUUUUAUUGUUCAAGUUCCUAUGAUGCCAAUACUAAUAGUUAGUUUUCAAACUAUCAGAAAAGCCCAUAAAAAUUGAUGUGCUGUGGGCUAGUCUUGUCCCUUGGGCCUAUGACUUGCGGCCCAUAAAUAUUUCCGAAUUACCACCGUUUCGAUGCAGGAUCAGUAACUUGCACCAUCUGGGCCUGCCAAACAGCCGGUAAAGCCCAAAUAAACAAGCCCCCAUCGUCCCUGCGAGAGAGGAUAAGGCAAUAAAAUUCCGCUCGGCUGAUCUUGUUCUGGGUUGCGAGAAACCGCAGGAAAAUACAAUCGAAGCUCGUACCAAAAAACCAUCCACAAAACAAUCUCCACUUCUGGAGUGACCAGAGAACCCAAGUUCGAAAGAUGGUGCAAACGCUGGCAAUGCCCGUGGCGCCCUCGCUCUCUCUUAUCUGCAACGGACUCCAAGCUACUUCCCUCUCCAACUUCGUCUCCCUCCCGGUCUCAAACUCUCCCAAGGUUGGCGGGCUGAGCAUCCGAUGCGUUCGUGUUGGUGGUGUGGAAAUCCCCAAUGGGAAGAGAGUUGAGUACUCGCUUCAGUACAUCCAUGGCGUCGGCCGCUCGAUGUCGCGCCAAAUCCUGGCCGACCUGAAAAUUGAGAACAAGAUAACCAAGGACUUGUCCGAGGAGGAGCUCACCAACCUCCGUGAUGAAGUCUCCAAGUAUACCAUUGAAGGAGAUUUGAGGCGUUUCAAUGCGCUCAACAUUAGGAGGUUGAAGGAGAUUCAGUGCUACAGAGGUGUGCGACAUAUCCAGGGUUUGCCCUGCAGGGGACAACGCACUAAGAACAACUGCCGGACCUUGAAGGGUAAGCGUGUCGCCAUUCCCGGCAAGAAGAAAGCUCGUUGAUUGUUGCUUCUGAUUUCUCUAUAGCUUGUGAGCUAUUCUGUGCUGUAAUGUUCUGUGAUUACCAUUUCAAGUGAUUUUUGUUUGUAAACUGCCCAGAAUCUUGAGAUAAGUUGCUCUUCAGGCUUUUAUCAUAUUCCAAUUGUAACUUCCCUAUACCAAUGGAAUUUGGAAUGCCGUUGAAAACGUUUUGUUUCCCCAAUUGGAUUACAAAUGGAAGGAAUGUUGUUGGGAAAAUGAUGCCCUAUAACCCCAAUAUGUAACAACACCCUAGCGCUUACGAGGCAGAUCUCGAUGGACGAAUCAUGACGAUAGGUAUACAUACA